UUGAUCAUCGCAAAUCGUUUCGGCACGGGACGUCGGUAGUCUUCAACAGUAGCUUGUCAGGGAUUAAUCUAUACCUAUAUAAUAUAUACCGACGUACUUUUACGAAAACAAUUUAAAUCGCACGAGCGGUGCUACGAUACCGCGAAACGGAUUUUAACAUUUCGAUUGGCCGAUUAGGCAGAACGGUGUCAUGGCGCGACAACGAUGACCGAAAGUGUGUUCCUCAUCGACGAAUCGAGCAGUAAGGCCAACAUGUGGGCCGUAUUUCGCUGCAACAAGGUUUUUGUGAUACUAUUUCUGCUAAAUGUGAUCGCCUUCCAAAGCAUCGUGUAUUAUCAGGAGCACAAGAAAUGGCAGGAGAUAAGAUCCAAGCUGGAGCCGGUGGUAGCGGACUUGCGGGACGUGCAGGGUCUGACGUACAGCUUGCUGAAGAGACUGGAGGCGCACGGUCUCUUCGUCGAGAACGUUCGCGGGCGAAGUGACGAUGAUCGACCUGUGAUAUACGCUAUCACGCCAACAUUCGCCAGGCCCGUGCAGAAGGCCGAGCUUACCCGGCUCGCGCAGACAUUCCUCCACGUCUCCAACUUCCACUGGGUCCUCGUAGAGGAUGCGCCGCAAAAAACCGCUCUGGUCACCCGGUUUCUGGAGACGAGCGGCCUGAUUUAUACCCACCUGUCUGUAGCAACCCCGCCGAACUACAAACUCGGCAGAAACGACCCGAACUGGAAGAAGCCGCGAGGGGUCGAGCAACGGAACGCGGCGCUAAGGUGGCUCAGAGAGAAUCUCAAGCCGUCCGACAAGGGCGUCGUUUAUUUCGCCGACGAUGACAAUACUUACUCCGUCAAGCUCUUUCGUGAGAUGGAGAAAAUACAAAGGGUCGGUGUUUGGCCAGUUGGUCUAGUUGGUGGUUUAAUGGUAGAGAAGCCUAUUUGCGACAACGCCACUAAUAAAGUAAUCGGUUUUAACGCGGCGUGGAAGCCGGACCGGCCGUUUCCGCUCGACAUGGCAGGCUUCGCCAUUAAUCUCGAGUUGUUGCUCAAGCACAAAGACGCAUGGUUUUCGUAUGACGUUCAAGGUGGUUAUCAGGAAAGUGAAAUACUUAGGCAAUUAGUUACAAAGGAUCAAUUGGAACCAUUAGCGGACUGCUGCACAAAGGUGUAUGUGUGGCACACACGAACGGAACCGCCGCAACUAAAUGUCGAGCAGAUGUUGAUUAGAAAAGGUAAACGUUCCAAUGUUGGCAUCGAAGUAUAAAGAAAAAACAAAAGCCUUGUUUAUCAUCAUUUCGUGUAGCGAUACUGUGUUUUUCUAAUUCUAAGGAAAUCAGUGAUCUAGUAGAUAUUAUUAUAAAUUAUUAUUAUAAUUAUUAUAAAUUCGUUAAUCUUUUUUUCAAAAAAGAUAAAUCUAUGAGCAUUAAUGAUCAUCUAUCGGGGCCCUAUAUUUAUAUAUUCAUACGUAGAAUAAUAAAGUGCCAUGUGUAUAGACGUUUAUAGUUAUCGGACAUAAUAGCGAAAAUAUUGAAUAAUUUUAGCAACUCGUGUGAAUUUGAAUCUCGAAAUGUUAUGUGAUAUCAUGAUAUUAUCAUUUCGUCGGAACGAGUUAACUUUUGCCACUCAUACGACAACGAACAAUUUCGUCCUAGAUAGUAAAAUAUUAAUAGUUUUUGACAACAGAUUGACAAUAAAUUCGUUCAUAUUCCCACUACAGAUUCAUAACAAUUUGUGUUUACAUUAAGCUGAGAGUCUGUCGACAGAGUCUGACACGUUAUGUCAACUGAUUGUAGAAACCGAGCAGGAUUUGCGUGGAUGAGCAAUCUGCUGGCAUAACGUCAGCCGAUUUGCCGAUAUCAUCAAAUAUUAUAAAUAUUAUUCUGUGACAUUUGUUAUCUUUCUGUCAAACAUCGAGAUAUAGCAGACUCUACUCAAAAUUUGUAUCUACUAAGUUUAGCUAUCUGGAAUUAUAUAUCACGUAUCGUUUUAUAAAAAUGUAUCUACGCAACUAUUGUAAUAAAAAGUUUGAGGAAAUAUAAGGUUUCUCCAUCCA